GGAUGCUACGCCAUGACGGCCACGACGGCCCUGACGGCUCAGAACACGAGAGGGGUGCACGACAUCUUCCCCAUUCCCACCUCGUUCGUGAGGAGGCAGAUUGAGUCCUGCGUCGAGGAUAUCGGUGUUGAUGUCGUGAAGACGGGCAUGUUGGCCUCUGCCGAGACUAUUGAGAUGGUCAUGGUUUCCACAUCCGGGACGACCCUCCUACCCAAUGAAGCCACAGAGGAACUCAUCAAACACCUCCUACCCCUCACCACGAUCCUGACGCCAAACGUCCCCGAGGCGAAGCUGAUCGCCAUCCAGGCCGGGGUGUCCCCCCCCGGGCCAGGUCAACUGCGCUCCGUCGCCGAUCUGGAGACGCUGGCCCGGACCAUCCAGUCCCUCGGACCGAGAUGGGUCCUCCUCAAGGGGGGCCAUCUCCCCCUGCGCAAGGGAGACCUGACUGCCGUCGUGGAAGGGGAUGGCGAUGACGACGAGAAGGAAAAGGUCGUCGUCGACGUCCUCGUUGGCCCUGGGGAUGCCGACGUCGUCAGGGUGCAGAGUCCGUGGCAGAAGACGACCAGCACUCAUGGGACAGGGUGUUCUCUUGCAUCCGCCAUAGCAUGUGGUCUAUCCAAUGGUCUCGAGAUGACCGACGCCGUCAGAUCUGCCUGCCGCUACGUCGAGGCUGGAAUCAAGACGGCUCCGGGACUGGGAGGUGGUAACGGUCCUCUGAACCAUUUCCACUCUCUGUAUAUACUUCCUUUUGCUCCCAGCGGCUACUUUGUCGAAUAUCUCCUCUCCAGAGCCGACGUCAAGGACGUAUGGCGUCAGUUCGUCCACCAUCCCUUUGUCAUGGCCAUGGGAGAUGGAUCUCUCCCUAUCCAGUCUUUCAAGGGGUACAUUGUCCAGGAUUAUCUUUACUUGAUUCACUUUUCCCGAGCCAACGCUCUAGCAGCCUAUAAGGCUAAAAAUAUGCGAGAUAUUGCACGGUCGGCCGCAAUCGUCGCCCACAUCAUGACUGAGACUUCCCUCCACCUCAACUACUGUCAAUCCUUCGGCAUGACCAUAGACGAGAUACGAUCCACAGAAGAACUUCAAGCCUGCACCGCCUACACCCGCUUCGUCCUAGACGUAGGCCAGAGCGAGGACUGGCUGGCUCUUCAGGUCGCCAUGGCACCCUGUUUGCUGGGAUACUACGCCGUGGCUGACAUGCUCCGGAGCCACGCCGAUACCGUCCGCGACGAUACGAACACGUACUGGACCUGGAUAAAGAAUUACGUUGCCGAUGAUUAUGUCGAGGCCGUUCGACUUGGAUCUGAUCUCCUCGAAAAGUACGCCAUGAAACAGUCUCCGGCGCGUAUAGAAGAGCUCGUCAAGAUCUUCAUCCACGGAACAAGGAUGGAAAUUGGAUUUUGGGAAAUGUUCCCGUCUAAAUAA